CCUCUCUCCCCUCUUGUCCCUUCCCCUCCUCCCACCCCAGAGCAUCUCCCCUGCAGCUGCACAGCUCCUCCAGCGCCUGUGUCCCCCUGCGAGAGCUGUUGACAGAGCCAAGCAGCCCUCUGGCAGCUGCGAACAAGCCAGCCCCCCUCUCCACCCCUUUGCACUGUCCCCUCCUGAAAUUGCAUCGCCUCCUUGGAGGAGCCGGAGAGAGACACACACAGCCAGCCCCGCUGCUCAGCCAGCUUCGCUCUCACUCCUUUGCUUUUCUGGGCAGAGGUGCCGGGCUGGAGCUGCCUCGCCUGCCCUAGGGCACCCCCCAAGCCUGGAGAAUGCACAGAGCCAGCUGGAGCCAGGGGAAGUGAGCGUGCGAGUGCCCCGGGCAGGAGGUUGCCCUGCAGCAGGGACUGGGGACUUUUCUUAGCCCAGUGUUUCUCAACCUUUCUGAUACCAGAGGCUGGCUUGCUGCCUUCCUAAACUGUGUCAGGGAGAUCUCAGGGACCGGUGCCAGGACCCUCCGGCUUUGGAGUGGGGUGUCCUGCGUUCAUAGCCCCCAGCCUCACUGGCUGGGAGUUUGCCCGGAGCCCGGCAAGAGUCCCCAGCCCCCCCAACAUGGACACGGUGGCCAGCGACAUCGCGGACCUCAGCAGCCAGGACGCGCAGAGUGUGUGCGAGGCGCUGGGGCGCUACGAGGACACGCUGCGGGGCGCCGUGCGGGAGAUCCACGUGGACAUCCAGGUCUUCAAGCAAGGGGUGGACCGGCAGGUGGACGAGGUGCUGCGCCUCGCCAGCCCGCUGGCCCGCACCGUCGCCGAGCUACAGCAGGAGAACCAGCGGCUGCGAGCGCAGGUGGAGCGCUUGGCCAGGCAGGUGGAAACCCUCAGCAGGUCGGCGGGGCUGCCGGACAGCUGGGCUGCGGAGUGCGGGGCAGCUGGGGGGCCCAACUCUCCAGGGGCUGGCGCAAGGCUGGCCAGGUUCUCCAGCCAUGCCACCUUAUCCAUGACCGGCAAGAGCCAGGGGCAGAGUCUAUUGAGGACCCAUUCAGGAGGGAUUGGUCCUGACAUGGACUUGACAAAUGCAGAGUUGGGUGUGACGGCAGAGGGGAGGACGGAGGCAGGUGGGAAAGCCUCUGCAAGGGGGAUGCUAGCAGAUAAAGACCCCCUUGAACAACUCUCACCAACAAUGAAAAAUCCAUUCUGCACAUUUACCAGCCAAGGGCCAGUCGCUCCCAUCAAAGUCACUAGCGUGGACCUGGAUGACCACAACGAACCUGAGACUAGAAGAGUUUCUAAUUCCUCCAUAGUUGAAAACGGACACCAGUCUUUGGCAGGUCAGGCAAAAGUCUCACAGGAAGUGACCUCUUCCCUUCAGAUGUCAAACUCGUCCCCCGAGGAACAUGCCCCUGCAGUAACCUUACGGAUGCCCCACCUUCCUGUUACUGCAAUAACUCGAGUAUCAGAGAAGUUUUCAGGAGAAACCUCCGCCUUAUCAGGAACUAGUAAUGCUACCAGUGGCCUGAUAGGGCAGAGCAGGAGCCAGAAUGAGGCUACGAUGAAAACUUCCAGCCAAUCAGUGACUGCUGUGAAGACCUGGAAUUCAAGUUCCGUGAGAACAAUGGGCACCUCCAUAGCUGCAGAGAAAAGCACUUCUGUCACAAAGUCUAUGUCAGCCAUGAGCUAUGGAUUGACUAGUGGAACCAAAGCUAGUGAAAGCAAUACCAUUGACAGUUACUAUGAUGUGACACCCAAAUCCUGCUCCCCACCUCCGACUGUACAUCGCCAAGUGGAAAGGAGGCGAGAACUGGUGCGGUCUCAGACGUUGCCACGCACUUCAGGAACGCAGGCCAGGAAAGCGCUCUUUGAGAAAUUUGAGCAGGACAGUGGAAAAGGAAAAGGAGAGUCCAAAGCAAAGCUGAAGCGGUCACAGAGUUUUGGGGUCGCCAGUGCAAGCAGCAUUAAGCAAAUUCUACUGGACUGGUGUCGCUCCAAAACCAUAGGAUACAAGCACCUUGAUCUGCAGAACUUCUCCUCGAGUUGGAGUGACGGGAUGGCAUUCUGUGCCCUAGUGCAUUCUUUCUUCCCCGAAGCCUUCGAUUAUAAUGCGCUUGACCCAGCUAACCGCAAGCAGAACUUUGAGCUGGCUUUCACCAUGGCUGACAAUUUAUGGCAGUCUUGCUACUGACAUCCGUGGGAGGCAGGACUGGGUCUUCAGAGUGUGGGUACGUGCACUAACCUGAAGUUCUGAUGCACUUGAUUUAGGUCUGGAAAUUCAUGGUUUUCACUUUAACACUUUCAGGAGACUUAACUUGAUCUUUCUAUUGCACACCAUAGAACUUCCGUUCGGGUUCUAUUCAGUAGCUUGAGUCAACCUGGGCUGUUGUCUAAUUGGAUGUUGUUUCCCUCUAGUCCUUUGAGGGAAAUAAGUUAAAAUAGCUUUUACAAAUUCUGCUGACAGUUAUUACUGCAUGUUCCCGACAGGUGGCUUUUCUAAAUCCAUGUAAAUACCCAUCUGGAAAGCUCUUAAACCUUAUACAUUUUAUUAAUUGAGAUUUGGAAAAAACCAGAAAUGGUCUUAAGAUGGAUUACUGGUAACUAUGACAAAGUAACCAGAUCAGACCAUAUGACUCGUAACUGUUGACAGCCUAUUGGAUUUCAAUGUAGCAGAGAACAGAAUACAUGCACUUUCCUUGAGACAGCUGGAGGGUGGAUUGUCCAAGGUGACUUACAUGCAGUGGAAAAUACAAGCAAACUGAAUUUAAACAAAGUUAUUAUUCCAUUGUUAGAAAAUCAGGUCGCUUUAAAAAUUACUCUCAGCCAGAUCCUGUAAAUUGGUGGAUGUCAUUGAUUUGAGUAAAUUGGCGGAGCUCCGUUGACUUUAAUGGUGUUACACUGAUUUACAGCAGCUCGGGAUCUGCCACUCCAACUUUAACUUACGAGGUCAAGGAUUCUUUGCCUUUGAGUUGAAAAGUUUAGGAUACGGAACCAGGAACCAAAACAGUCCCAAGAGUCGUGAUACCAUGGUACCUAACCAGUCAAACUCACAUUUACAGUACUCUAACUUGGCAGGUAGGAGAACUGCCUUUUGACAUCCCCUGCAAGGGAACGAGAGUGGUUAUUGCAAGGACACUUGCAAUGAGAGAUUUAUCCCCUGCCACGCACCUCUCAGCGAGCCUGUCAUGGCAAAGUAUGUGCAAGACAUGGCCGUUGUCUUUAUUCUUCUAUAGCUGUAAAAUGAUGUUGAGCCGUGAAAUAAACACAAAAUUAAGUGGCGAAACAAAUGUAAAACAUAUAUCUGUCAAGAGGCUGCACGUGAGUGGUCUUUGAGCAGACACUAGUUGUGGUGUUAACAUAGGAGACAGCGAGUCAAGUGGAAUGCAGUCCUUUUACCGGUCCUGCGACGCAUGCUUACAGUAUGUAUAGAACCUGUAUGCCGCUGACAUAUAUACACAGCAUGAUUCUGUGUACUUGCGUUUCUCCAAUGGACACUUUUCUUGAACUGAAUUUCUCCUGACUUUUGGGUGACUAAGGAA